AUGUCAUUUCUCUGCUGCUCCCUUUUAGGUCCAGUGUGUGGUCCUAUCUUUGGUGGUUUGCUUGCUGAUCAUGCUCCAACCUGGAGAUGGGUCUAUUGGACAUUUUUAAUUGUCGCUGGUGUUUGCUAUGCCGUUUUUAUUCUCAUUGUCCCAGAAACUCACCAUGGUACAUUGUUGAAAAAGAGAGCCAAGAAGUUGAGAAAGGACACCGGUGACUCCAGAUACAGAUCCUUCAACGAAUUACAAGUUAGAAAAUUCAGCGAAGUUGCCAAAACUUCUCUCUUGAGACCAUUCCUUUUGUUAAGUGAAUUGAUUGUUGCUUUGGUCACCAUUUACAUGGCCAUUUGUUACGGUUUGCUUUAUAUGUUUUUCUUUGCCUACCCAGUCAUCUAUCAAGAAGGUAAAGGUUGGUCUGCCUCCUUAACCGGUGUUAUGUUUAUUCCAAUUGGUGUUGGUGUCAUCAUUGCCACUAUUGCUGCUCCAUACUUCAACAAGGAUUACAACAGAAGAGCUCAAAAAUACAGAGACAGAGGUGAACUUCCACCUGCAGAAUUGAGAUUGAUCCCAAUGAUGGUUUCCUGUUGGUUUGUCCCUGCUGGUCUUUUCGCCUUUGCCUGGUCUUCAUACCCAAGUGUCUCAUGGGCCGGUCCAUGUUUCUCUGGCUUAGCUGCCGGAUUUGGAUUUUGCUGUUUGUACAACCCAGCCAAUAACUACAUUGUCGACUCCUACCAACAUUACGCUGCUUCUGCUUUGGCAGCAAAAACAUUUGUCAGAUCCAUUUGGGGUGCCUGUGUUCCAUUGUUCACCAUUCAAAUGUAUCACAGAUUAGGUUACGAAUGGGCCAGUUCCUUAAUGGCCUUCAUCUCCUUAGCUUGCUGUGCCAUCCCAUACUUGUUUUACAUUUACGGGGCAAGAAUUAGAAAAUUCUCUAGAUAUGCAUAUAAACCAGAAAUGGGCGAUAAACCAGCUGAUAUCGAAGACAUUGGUCAUUGA